AUGGCUUCGCUGGGCUGUGUGGCGGCGCUCUGCGCUGCGGGCGGGCUGUGCGGGCGUGUGGCGCGCGGGGCUGCGGGGCUCUCGGGUCGGUGGCUCCGGAGGGGCUACGCCGUGGCGCGCGCUGAGAGCGCACCCACCUUUGGAUUCCUGUUGGACAUCGAUGGAGUACUCGUACGAGGCCACAAAGUGAUCCCAGCUGCCCUGGAAGCAUUCCACAGGCUGAUGGACUCACAUGGGCAGCUGCGAGUGCCUGUGGUUUUUGUCACAAACGCUGGGAAUAUCUUACAACAUGACAAAGCCCAGGAGCUGUCUGCCCUGCUGGGGUGUAAGGUGGAUCCAGACCAGGUCAUUCUAUCUCACAGCCCCAUGAAACUCUUCGUGCAGUACCACAGCAAGCGGAUGCUGGUAUCUGGGCAGGGACCUGUGGUGGAGAAUGCCCGAGCACUAGGCUUCCAGAAAGUGGUGACGGUAGAUGAGCUGCGGAUAGCCUUCCCAGUGCUGGACAUGGUGGACCUGCAGCGACGACCAAAGAUCAUGCACCUCCCGAGGAAUGACUUCCCUGCAAUUGAAGGGGUACUGCUCCUUGGGGAGCCAGUCCGCUGGGAGACAAGCCUACAGUUGAUCAUGGAUGUCCUUCUCAGCAAUGGGAACCCUGGGACAGGACUGGCAACAGCCCCCUAUCCCCACCUCCCUGUCCUGGCCUGUAACAUGGAUCUCCUUUGGAUGGCUGAAGCCAAGAUGCCCAGGUUUGGCCAUGGCACCUUUCUGCUUUGCUUGGAAGCCAUCUACCGGAAAGUGACAGGCAAGGAGCUGAGAUACGAGGGCCUGAUGGGCAAGCCCAGCAUCCUCACGUACCAGUACGCAGAGGACCUGAUCAGGCAGCAGGCAGAAAGGCGGGGCUGGGGCAGCCCCAUCAGGAAGCUCUAUGCUAUAGGUGAUAACCCUAUGUCUGAUGUCUAUGGUGCCAACCUGUUUCACCAGUACCUGAAAAGGGCAAAGCAUGGUGAAGCAGAAGAGCAACAGGCUGGUAGCCUGCAGAAGCAGCGGCUUUCAGCAACCCAGAGCUGCGCCUCCAUCCUGGUGUGCACUGGUGUGUACCACCCCCAGAACCUGGGGUCUGCAGAGCCCUUCCUGGGAGGAAUGGAGUCCCCAUUCCACGGGCACCGGGACUUCAGCUUCAGACCAGAGCUCCUGGAGGCCUCCUAUAUCGUGAAUGACGUGAAUGAGGCUGUGCAGCUGGUGUUCCGCCAAGAGGGCUGGGCUUGACAGUGAGAGGACGCAGCGUGGUUAAUGCGUGGAAAGCCUGAGACCAGGGAAGUCCCUUUGCUUGGCAUUGGUCUCAGUCACUUGCACCAAGUCCCAGCCUGGCUCCUUUGCCAUUACUUCCUGGAGUUUUAAUGGUGAAGAAGACAGUGGCUUCAGUACAGAGUGAACCUUGGGUGGCAUUUCAUGAGGGGUGUCUGCGAUUUCCAGGCCCAGGUGCUUUGUGUCUUCUUGUAGUCAGACCUCAUACCACUGCCUUUACCUCUGUGCCUCAGUGUCCUCCUUCCAGUAAUGACUUCUGAGAAAAGGGGAGGCAGUAUGAAAUCAUGUCUCCUUCUACAGAGCCUUUGCUGCCCUUGAAGGAGCCACCACAUGCCAGCAGACUGUGAAAUUAUCACUUGGGCUAGUGUUUACCGGAUUGACCAGAGGCUGUGGAGCUUAUUUUUUUAAAUUAAAGUUGUCUUAAUAAACAUGUGUUAUGCCA